GUUAAUUGUUUAUGUACAUAACUUGGCUUUACAAAGGAAAAUUCAAGAGCUAAGAAAACUAAGAAAAAUAUCACAAAAAUGCACAGUUUAACAUUAAUAUCUAAAAGUACGGUGGAAAGCUUUUUUUAUGUAAAGUUGUAAACUUUAAACUGAAGUUUGAAGAACAAGUAUUGAAAAGGAUUUCUGCAGCAAGGCUGUGCAUUCAGCCAGCCUAUUUGUAAAAGUAAAAGGGAAGUGGCCGAAAUAAAAGCAAAUUUCUGAAAAAAAUAAAUAAAUCUAUAGGACAGUUUUCUGAAAUAGACUGCUCUUUGUAACAAAGCAACAUAAAAUACAUUUAAUAUCUCCUAUUAGGCCUUUUUACUGUACGUUUAGCUAUGUUACAAAGCAGUAAAUUCUUCGAACGCCUAUAAAAAUUACAAUUUUUUUUAUUAUGGAUCAGCUUUUAUUUAUUCCACUAGAUUUAUGGUCAAAAUACGUUUUUAUUACGUUCAGGAUCAUCCGAAUUGCUCAAUGAAGAAAAUAGGUAAUACACUUGCUAAGUUUAAAUGUUAUUGACCCUGUGAGUCAUUUAACUACUGUAGUGAUUUACUUAAGAACCAUGGCAAAAAGGUCAUAAAAUUGGGCAUGACCCACUUAAUAACCGCCUUGCUUAGCGACUGAAAUCCUGGUCUCAUUGUGGUUAUAUGUCAAGGACCACUUAUAUAUACCUCAUUCAAUCAUUUCUCUCUCUCCUAACAAAAUAUUUCUUUUCCCACCUUGAAGUUCAAAAUAGGAGCUCCAUUCUUUGCAAGGACGCCUCCUUCUGCCCUACCACGGAGCGAUGGGUAAAGAUAAGAAGAAAGACAGCAAAAAGGGAGAGAAGGCUGCACCUGCUCCAGCUCACGACACCUCCAUCAAGUUAGCAAUCUCCAACCAGAAUGUCCCACCUCUGGCAGACCAAGGGGACGAGCACUCGGCUACUCGGAUAGCCUCCAAAGAAGAAAACAAAGACGCAGAGUUUCCUCUUCUCUCUGAACCCAUUGAGUAUGAAGAACCCAUCCUCACACAACUGAGUGUUGAAAGUUACGAGGGAGAAAAGAUCCGUGGAUUAUAUGAAGGGGAAGGAACGGCCUAUUUUCAAGGAGGCAACAUCUACAAGGGAAUGUUUUCGGAAGGACUCAUGCACGGGCGAGGGACUUACACAUGGACCGAUGGAGUGCAGUACGAGGGAAACUUCGUCAAGAACGUGCAAAUGGAUCGUGGCACUUACAAGUGGCCGGACGGCAGCCUGUACGAAGGCGAAGUGAAGAACGGGAUCAGACACGGCUUUGGCAUGUACAAAUGUGGCACCUAUCCCGUUUCGUACAUCGGCCACUGGGUGGAAGGCAAGAGACAUGGAAAGGGUACCAUUUACUACAAUGAACCAGGUUCUUCUUGGUACGAAGGAGACUUUGUGAACAAUGUAAAAAGUGGAUGGGGAAUAAGAUGUUACAAAUCUGGAAAUAUCUACGAAGGGCAGUGGGAGAGAGACCUGCGCCAUGGAGAAGGACGAAUGAGGUGGCUAACAUCUAACCAGGAAUACACUGGGAACUGGGUUAAUGGCGUGCAGCAUGGGCAGGGCACCCAUACCUGGUAUCUGAAGAGGAUAGCUGGGUCACAGUAUCCCCUGAGGAAUGAGUACGUUGGAGACUUCGUCAACGGCGACCGGCACGGACACGGAAAAUUCUUCUUUGCCAGUGGCGCCAUGUACGAUGGAGAAUGGGUGCUGAACAAAAAGCAUGGCAAGGGCAAGCUAGUUUUCAAGAACGGCAGGGUGUACGAAGGCGAAUUUAACUACGAUCACAUAGCGGAGUGUCCGUCCUUGCAAGUUGACAUGACCAAUAUGGAAGAGCUGAGCAACCUUCCUUUGAAGGGUUUUUCUGGCAUAGAUAGUGUCAAAGUUGUUGAUCAUUCAAGGAGUUCCUGUUCGUCAGGACCAAACAUUGAAAUAGAUCUAUCAACCUUGUUGGCUAUAUUUCCGGAAAAAGACAGGGAGGAUGAAAUGAAACAGACCGAAUACGCUGUGCUGAGAUAUAUCUCUGAGCUGAGGAGAAUCUACACCUUUUACAGCAGCCUGGGCUAUGACCACUCCCUAGACAACACCUUCCUGAUGACCAAGCUUCAGUUCUGGAGGUUCUUGAAGGACUGCAGAUUUCAUUAUUGCAACCAGACGCUCGCCUCCAUGGACCGGAUUCUGAACGAUAAAACAUUACUGGAAGAGAUUCAUUCUCCAUAUGAGACUUUGCUCCUUAGGAUGUUUUUGACCUACCUCAUUUACUUGUCCUUCCACAUUUACCACAAGGAUUUUGAUGACACAACUCCUCGCCUGUUCAAGUGCUUCUCCAAGCUGAUGGUCAAGAAUAUUUGUCCCAACGCCUGCUGUAUCAAAGGUAUAUUGUUCAGUGACCGACAGCAAGCCGUCUACGCGCUCAGUUACAUCGACAAGUGCUGGGAGAUUUUCCAGGCGUUCUGUAGACCAAGCACUCUGCCUCCUUACGAACCUACAAUGACGAUGAGGCACUUCCUGUGGAUGUUGAAAGAUUUAAGACUGAUAACCAAACAACUGACAGCUACCAAGGUUGUGGACAUUCUGGCUAAAGACAAUCCUUCGGUCUCCGAUGCAGAAACUGUCAAUCUGGAACACGAGCUUGUCUUCCUUGAGUUCUUUGAAGCUCUGGUAGACUGUGCCCUUCUUUAUGUCACGGAUGAGAUGUUGAAGCAGCAAGCGGAAGAGGUUGCCCAAGAAGUGACAGCUUCUUACAGACCAGAUGCGCUGCCAGAACGGAGUGAAACUGCCUCUUUGCCUCCGGAAUUGUCUUCUCCUCUUCAGAAAGGCAAAAGCAAAGAAGGGAAGAAAGAGGAAAAACCCCACAAAGGAAAGUCCCACGGCAAAGAAAAAACUGCCUCUCCUCAAAGCAUAACUGUGAAUGUCGUGUUUUCUCCCAUCCUGGAAGAGAAAGAGGCAACCAUUGAACCUCUUCCGGUUUUAGGGGACCUGGAUAAAAUUCCCUUGAAGGAAUUAGCAGAAAAGCUCGAAAAAGAGAAAAAUGAGGAAAAAGAUAAGCUCAACCUCUGGAUGAGUCAGAUGUACAUUUUUUUUGUCAAAAAGUUUUUUGCCAACUACAAGAAUUUGCAGUUGGUGAACGAAACCAUCGAAGACAACAGAGCCCGAGAAGCCGAACUCUCAAUCUUGCGGAAGAAACAAGAGGAGGAAGAAGAGGCCAAGCUCCAGGCUAUGAAGGAGGCUGAGGAGGCCCGAAAAUUAGAAGAAGCGGCAGCGGAAAAAGCAGCCUUAGAACUAGAGGAGAGUUUGAAUCGAGAAAUGGAGGAAAGUCUGAGCCAGCUCCAAUCUCCUCCGAAGGAAGAAUCUCCUACUUCGCUUCAGAGUGUGCCCGGUACCAAGGCAGCCGUAGCAGGGAAAAAGAAGAAAAAGUGAGAAGAGCUGCACAGCCACCAGAUUUUACACCAACCUCUUCACUGCUCUUCUCUCGUGCUUGACAACGGUGGUUCUAGACUGAAAAUGAUGCUGAACGGACAGAUGAUUGAUAUAUUUUUUAAGAGUUUUAAGAGUUCCUUACC